UAUGAUUCACAUUCUUUGUCUUUUGAUAUCAACUGCUAUAGCUUAUUAGUCUAUAUUGAUAAUGCGUCACGGUGCUCGUGAUCCUCAUACAUGGACUGAAAUUGAUAGAAACUUUUUGUGGAUUGUAGAUCCAACCAUUUUGACAGAAAAAGGUGUUAAGUAAUUAAUAUAACUUGGAAUGAACUAAUAAAGGGAAGACAUAUUUGAUGCAUCUGGAAAUUGUAUUUUUGAAACUUUAGAACUACAAUCCUCUAAAUCUGCUAGAUGUACAUCAUCUUUAGUUUGUUUUAUCAAAGGUUUAUGCCCAAAAAAUUAUGCAGUUAUAUUACAUAGAUUAUUUUAAGAAUAGUAUCAACCUUAUAUAACAAAUCAAACAGCAUAUGAUGAAAUAAUGAAUUCUAAUUUUGAAGAUCCUCUCUCAUUAAAUUUUGAAGCAUUUGAUAAGCCAUUAGAUUUUAUGUUUUAAGGAUAAAAGAAGAAUACUUGUCCAAAAAUAUAAACUGUCAAUAAAGCUGUUUAAUCUUCAACAUAAUAUAAAUAAAAAGAAAAAGAACUAUUAAGUAGAGCUGAAUUUGAUAAAGUUUAUUAUUGGAUUUAAGAAGCUAAUCCAAGCAUAUUAAUUGAUAAAAGUAAGUUAAAUCUCACUGAUGUUGAUGAAUUUUAUGAUGAUUAUUUUUGUAAUAAUUUUGAAGGAUUUAAUUUUCCAAAUCCAGAUUAAGAUACUCAAAAUUAUCUAAAUGAAGUUGAGUAAUUUUUAAAAUAUUUUGGAGCCAAUUCAGAACCUUUAUAACACUAUGCUGGAGUAUCAGAACCUUUUAGAUGGAUUAUACAAUAGCUUAGUUCAAAUCAAUCUUUGAGUGUUUAUUCAGGAACAGAAACUAAUUAAAUGGCUAUGAUAUCUGUUUUAACUGAUCAAUAAUAUUUGACUCCAUUUGCUUCUUAACUUGAAUUUGUAAUUUAAGGGUAAAGAGUAUAUUUAUACUAUAAUAAAUAAUUUAUAAAAGCCUCUUAUUGUUAAAGCGAUUUUUAUUGUACAAAACAAGAACUAAUAAAUCAUUUAAGCAAAUAUAUAGUAAAUAACCUACAAGAGCUAUGUAAUUCAAAUCAACAAUGA